AACACUGUUAGAUAAAAGUGAGAUUCUUGCGUUCUUGGCAUACACAAUAAUAGUUUAAAAUAACAAAUUUUUGAUCAAAAAUAUUUAACUUAUUUGAUAAUUAAUUGUUAAUAAUUUUAAAUUAUUUGUAUUAUUAUAAGUAUAGUUAUCUAUUAGACAAAUUUAAUAUUUAUAGUAAUUAUUUAAUCAAAAAUGUUGGGUUAUAAAAUUAAAAUUAGAGUAUGGUUAUGUAUACUAGUAGCCUGCAAAAUAUCAUCAGCACUUAAUAAUGGAUUAGCUUUAACACCACCAAUGGGUUGGCUUGCUUGGCAACGAUUCAGAUGUACUAUUGAUUGUGAAACAUUUCCAGACGAAUGUGUAAGUGAAAAAUUGUUUAUGACUACUGCUGAUUUAUUAGUAAGUGAAGGCUAUGAUAAAGUCGGAUACAAAUAUGUUGUAAUUGAUGAUUGUUGGAUGACACACAAUCGAACAGCAGAUGGAAAAUUACAAGCUGAUGAAAAACGAUUUCCACAUGGAAUUAAAGCUUUAGCUGAUUAUGUCCAUUCAAAAGGGUUAAAAUUUGGAAUUUAUGAAAGUGUUGGAACAAAAUCUUGUGAAGGAUAUGCUGGUAUUAAAGGUUAUGAAAAAAUUGAUGCUCAGACAUUUGCAGAAUGGGGAGUUGAUUAUGUGAAAUUAGAUGGAUGCUAUACAGAUGAACGAAAAAUGGACACAAAUUUUCCGCAAUUUGGAAAAUAUUUAAAUGAAACUGGAAGACCAAUGAUUUACUCUUGUUGUUGGCCAUUUUAUCAAGAAGGUAAAGGAAUGCAGGUCAACUAUACACUUGUAUCACAAUCUUGUAAUUUAUGGAGAAACUAUGGAGAUAUACAAGAAUCAUAUGAUUCUUUAAUCGAUGUUCUUGAUAAUUUUGCGGUGAAACAAGAUAUUUGGGCUCAAUAUGCAGGUCCAGGACAUUGGAAUGACCCAGACAUGUUAUUGAUUGGGAAUUUUGCAUUGAGUCAUGAGCAGAGCCAAACACAAAUGGCUCUAUGGGCUAUUUUAGCUGCGCCUUUAUUUAUGUCAAACAAAUUAUCAACUGUACAACCAAACUUCAAGAAAAUAUUACAAAAUACUGACGUAAUUGGUAUAAAUCAAGAUAAACUUGGUAUACAAGGCAAAAGGGUUUAUAAGGACCAAGGAAUUGAGAUAUGGUCAAAACCAAUUGAACCAAAAGAGGAAAAAUACUAUUCGUAUGCAAUUGCUUUUGUUAAUCGCCGAACAAUAGGAACACCAUUUCCAUACAACAUUACAUUAAAUAAUUUAGGAUUAAAUAACCCAAUUGGAUACAAAAUAAAGAAUUUAUUUGACGGUACUACAACAAAAGAAAUUUUAAAACCAGAUUCACUGCUUAAAGUUAUAGUAAACCCGUCAGGUGUAGUCCUAUUAAGAGCUAAUAUUAUUUCAAAAUAUGAGUACAUACAUGGUCGAUACAUUUGAUGACUUCUUCAUAACAGGUGUAUGAAUACCUGUACUGGAACAGUGUACAUCAUAGAUAUAAGUUAAAUUGGUAGAAAUAUAAUAAAUGAUAUUGAUAAAAUAUUACCUACCUACUAUAUAGUAAGUAAUUAAAAAAUCUACAAAUUUGAAAUAAUGAUGAAUAAAUAUUUUUAAGCAACAAAAUAAUAAUUUUUUUCUUUUUAAAUUAUAAAUAAUAUAUUUUGAACUUAACAUUUUACUAUAAAAUAGCCAACAUUUUAAUUAGACCCUUAGCGAUAAUAUAUUUUUGGAUAACAUGAAUUAUUAUAUGAUUUUCUCAAUUAUUACUGUUUCCAUAUAUUUUUAUGGUUUUUAAUUUUAGCCUUU